AUGAAUGAGGAGAGAAGAGAGAGAAAGAGAGAGAAGAGAGAGAAGAGAGAGAAGAGAGAGAGAAGAGAGAGAAGAGAGAGAAGAGAGAGAAGAGAGAGAAGAGAGAGAAGAGAGAGAAGAGAGGAGAAGAGAGAGAAGAGAGAGAAGAGAGAGAAGAGAGAGAAGAGAGAGAAGAGAGAGAGAGAGAGAAGAGAGAGAAGAGAGAGAAUAGAGAGAAGAGAGAGAAGAGAGAGAAGAGAGAGAGAGAAAGAGAGAGAAGAGAGAGAAGAGAGAGAGAGAGAGAGAAGAGAGAGAAGAGAGAGAAGAGAGAGAAGAGAGAGAAGAGAGAGAAGAGAGAGAAGAGAGAGAAGAGAGAGAAGAGAGAAGAGAGAAGAGAGAGAAGAGAGAGAAGAGAGAGAAGAGAGAGAGAAGAGAGAGAAGAGAGAGAAGAGAGAGAAGAGAGAGAAGAGAGAGAAGAGAGAGAAGAGAGAGAAGAGAGAGAAGAGAGAGAAGAGAGAGAAGAGAGAGAAGAGAGAGAAGAGAGAGAAGAGAGAGAGAAGAGAGAGGUGUGUAGAAAGGGAUAGAAUAGAGGAAAUAGAGAGAAAGAAGAGAGAGAAGAGAAACUCGAGCCGGAAGAGAAAAGAAAAAGAUAUAAGCAUGCAAAAGCCAGUGUGUGCUGUUUCGGGAUCAAGAUACAUGACUGAAGAUGGUUGGGUUGAUUUAAGAAACCCCGUUGACUCGGGUGUUCCUUUCAGGCUCAUCAAGGACGAUGGACGAACAUUUCUGCAGUGGAAUGGUGAGCCAGAUUUGCGAAAUAGAAUGUCAGGAAGAUUGGUUCUGGUCAACCUCAUGUGCAGAGAGAUGUCAAUGAUAGAAGCUACUGACAUUCCUAGAGUUCAAAUGAUUUUCUCACCAUGCGUCGCAUUCAGAAUUGUUGGAACACCAGCUAAACAAAUGAGUAAUGUCAGCGAAGUAGCAUUCGUUCAAGAUUCCACAGCAGAAGCAAACAACAAAGAAAACGAUUCAAUGAGCGUUCCGGAAUACAUCGCCAUAGGUAUUUGCUCAGUAUUGUUAGGUCUCAUCUACGUAGCAUCGGUCUUCUUAUAUCUACAUCUGAGAAAAAGGAAUAAAUCCAAUUCUAUCGCGACUGAUGAUAAGAGCAUUCGAGAAAUAGAAGAGGGAAUUGUGAAAAGCAACCCUCUGUUAUCAUUGACAUCGCAUUUCAUUCAAAACGAUCAGGGAUACAGCGAUGAGAAUAGUUCCGACAACGAUGCUCCAGAUAUCAUCAAGCAUUUCGAAGAUAGGAAAAAACACAUAACUUCUGCGUUGGUACAUCCUCAACAGCUUAGUUUCAACCCGCACCGUUCUACAUUUUCAUCUUUCGAGCAACCCUCCCACCAAGAUUCUGCUACCAACGAAAGACUGCCGGAAGAGAAUGUAUCCAUCACAGAAACACUCGAAAAUCGAGAGGACCGGCCGGAUAACCUCAAAGCACUCACCGGCAGCACUAGAAAAAAACUGUACUUCAAUCCAGCUUAUUUCGACCCUCAGUUGCUUCUCACUCCACCUCCAGCUGCAAUAGAAUUCCUCACGAAAAUACGUGAGGUUAUCUCUAUAGCCAAACAAAAACUCACCACGAAAAGAUUCACUCCCAGUCUUUUGAACAUCCCAGAAGAAGAAAGCCAUUAUCCUCUAGAUAACAUAUACGGAUUAACCAACCCCGUCAGCAGAAGAAGCAGCAUAAUCAGUCUGAAGAGAGUGAACAGUAGAAGGAAAACAUGCACCGGCUGUCCUGGUUGCGAACCACAAGAUCUCCCAUCGUUGACAGGAAUACUCCCAGAGAUCCCUUCCCUCGUAGCUUGCCACAGCUGCACGACUUCUUCAAACGAGAGCAAGCAGAACAGCAUCAGAAAAUGGCUGGAAGAUGUACCGAUGCUGAAGGAUACCUUCGAUCAAAAUCACAACGAGGGUAACCUAAAACGCGUUAGAUCACCGACCAGAUCUCUUCCUCCAGAAAGCUACAACGAAGUUGAUAGCAGUAGAGCUCAAGCCCCUGAGCUCAUAGCUGGCAGGAACUCCAGGUCUUCUAGCUUUCACAGCAGCAAUAAAAAAGAGCCUGGGAUAAAUAGGAGGAUUAGAAAGCCCAAUCAACCUCCUCCACCACCAAUAAAAAACAUAGCAACCAAAGAGGAGAAUUAUUAUGAUACAGUUCCCAUGGAUAACUCAGGAGUUUCUCUGCAUGGCCCUCCGCCUGAUAUGAUUCAAGAAGCAAUGGUGAUCGAGCGUUCUGAAGAGAAAAUAGCUACUCUGACUAAGGAGCAGAUGAACGCUGUCAUCAAUGAGUUCACGAUCCACAAAAACCUGAUAAGCCCAGUAGAAGUAGACAACAACGCCGUCGCAGAUUAUGAGACUGAUAGCCUAGAGCGAUCGGGGAACAAAGGUUACUCAACACCUUCGGACUAUGCAGAGGUAUCGUCCUCGCAGCCCAGCCCGAGUUUGAGUACUGCUCUACCUGUCCAAGAAGAAAUGACAAUAAGGAAUGCGAUAAUCAACAGAAAAACUAGGGAUCUCGCUCAAUCCAAUAACCUCGCAGACGAAGACGAACACGACUACGAGCUUAUAGUCAUGAAGAAAGAGAGCCAGCCCUACAAUCUUCCCAAGUUUCUGCAGACCAACAGCGGCUAUAGCUUAGUGAGCGAGGUCUAUGUUAAUAGCGGUUACAACUAUAGCAGCGCUCCUUCUACGCCUGGUGGCUCGCGCUAUUCCACUCUGGAUAAGAAAGAGUUAAAGGUGAGGUAUGAAGAAGGUCCAGAGAAGCCUGGUAAGCUUCUCAUCGAGGUGGAGGACUGCGCAGACCAUUAUAUCCCAGUGCACGAAUCCGACGAAUAUGAACCUGAUACGUUAGAAAGGAACCCGAGCAAGAUUAAGAGGAACAACGAGAAGAAUUUCGAUGAUUCCCUAGAACGUUCUGAUCAGAUCAUUCUGAGGUCCACUGGUAGUUUUCGGAGCGAUACCGUUAGCCAACGUGCUGGUAACUUCAACAGAGCUUUCGGGAGUUUGAGGGAAAUAUAUGAGGCUAAAACUGGUGGUAGACGUAAUGAAGAGAGGGAUGUUUACUGUAUGAUGUCUGAUGAGGAGAAGGGUAGGAUUUUGACGCUGGAAGAGAGGCAUUCGAGGAGGCAGCGGUCGAGAGAGAACCUCGUUCAGCCUGACGUUAUACCGCCUCCGCCGCAUGACAAUUCGCCCAUUUACGAGCAACCGAAGCCUCCAAGAAGAGUUGCUGAGUUAGAUAACUUCAUGAAACCCCCAAUGCCACCAAAAAACGGGAAUGGCAGGAGUGUCAACCUUUCAACAUCCAAUGUCGCUGAUAGACAAUCCUACAUCAGCUCUGACACUCCUGACCAAAUCUCCGACUACCAACUACUGCGCCUCUUGCAAAAAUCCACGAAAACCACCAUGGCCGAUAUCAUCCAGACGGAAAACAUCGUCCUCCAAAAAGACUCCAACGACCACCUCAUCCUCCACUCUGCACUUUUCAGCAACCCGAGAUUCGACCAGAACCCCAAAAAGCCCUUGCGCUCCUGGCGCAAAACCCUGAAACCCGAAGACUCAGGCUACCUGAGCUCGGACUCAUGCGAGUCACGUUUACUCAAACGCAAGGAUCAAGCAACCGAUCAGGCGGAGGUGGGGAGCGAAACAGACGAGAGUCUCGGAGACGGCCACAGCGAAUCGGGUGCGGAGAGCGUGGAGACUCAUUCGGUGUUCUUCGGGCGGGUGCCUAGCAACCGCGGUAAUUUCCGGGGGUACGGCUCGAUGGAUAGUGGGGUGAUGGGAGGGGAGGAUGGACACUCUGGCAGCGACUCGGAGACCGUCAGUCGUACGACGGUUGUUCCGGUGACGAUAACGGAUGGCGUGCUGCCAACUUGA